AUGUCCAAUAUGAUUGGAAGAACUGCACAGCUUGUUAGUUUGGGUUUGCUGUUUCUCUCAACUGUUCCGACCAUUUUCUGUCAAGAACAUGAAGGCAGACUUCCGAGAACUUUUCUUCCCACGCACUACAACCUCUACCUGGAACCUCACCUAGAACUCGAUAAACCACCAUUUCCUUUAAUUGGGCAGGUCAAGAUUUAUUUCACAUGCAUCGAGAAGACGAACAAUCUUACACUGAAUGCACUAGGACUAGAAUUGGGCAUCGCCAACAUAACUUUGAAGCAGCUGACGAUAUCUCAGAACCACUCCGUACCCAGGAUCAACGUCCUCAUCAUCAACGACUACAAGCAAAUCAUUCGCAUGAUAGUCGAUCGGGAGUUCCAGGCGGGCUUCCAGUACACCAUCACCAUCGACUACAAAGCUAACCUCACUGAAAAUGGAUAUGGAAUGUACGCCGCUCGCUAUCUCGAUAAAAAUGGACGCACCAAGUAUUUGGCUGCCACACAGUUGGAGCCGAUUGGAGCGAGAAGAAUGUUUCCAGGUUUUGAUGAGGUGGACAUGAAGGCAACCUUUGAUGUCAUCGUUUCGAGGAGGAUGUCACACACGUCACUCUCAAACGCUCCAAUCGUCGGCACAUACGCUGGCGCCGAAGGUUGGUUGAACGAUGUCUACGAGCGAAGUCCGUUGAUGAGUUGUUAUUUGCUGGCAGUCGUCGUCGGAGACCUCCACUACAUGGAAUCCAAGGUGGAUGCCGGCACCAAGUACAAAGUGAGAACCUACUCUACCGAACGUUUUGUCCCCUACAUCUACCACCCCAACAAAUACUUCACGUUCCCAAUUCAAAAGUGGUUGGAAGAGGAGACAAAUAUUCCUUACGCUCAAAAGAAAAUGGUACCGAGACCUAUGAUAAUUGCUGAUCCACUUCCAGAUCACAUUACUCUUUCGACGUUUGGAGGUGCCAUGGAGAACUGGGGACUGAUUACAUACGCAGACAAUAUUUUGCCAGUCAGCAACGCCACUUCAACGGCCUCUGGUUAUUACACGUCUGCGUUUGUAGUUGCUCACGAACUUUCACACAUGUGGUACGGCAAUUUGGUGACAUGCGAGUGGUGGACACACUUGUGGCUGCAAGAGGCCAUGGCUUCCUACUACAAUUUCUAUCCACUGGAUGCCCUUGGAUGGAGAGGGGCCGAAUUCCAUCAGUUGAACGGCGUAGUGCCCUACAUGGAGUUAGAUCAAACAAACAGGUCGACACCGGUCAGGAUAGUCAUCAAAUCACCUCAGGAGGCAUCACAGGCGUUUGCAUCGAGUACAUACGAUAAGGGCGGCUGCAUGAUCAGAAUGAUAGGACAAAUCCUGACAAAGCCCGUUCUUAAACUGGCCUUAACUAGAUACUUGAAGAAAUACCAGUACAGCGUGGCCAACAGCGAUCAGUUCCUACAAGUUUUUACCGAUCAAGCAAAAGACAGCGGGAUAACUUAUCCGGAUGGUAGUGCCAUCAACUUCAAAACUCUGAUGGAUCCCUGGUUGGAUCAGAAGGGAUUUCCCAUCUUGAAAGUGGUGGACAACAACGACGGGACAGCCACAGUAACCCAGCAACGUUACUUUAACCCGUCCAACCAAUCAGAUUCCGUGGUCAGUCCGUACGGAUACAAAUGGGACGUACCAAUCCAAGUCUUGCAUAGCAACAGUUCAACUGACUGGCUCAAAACUCCAAACUACUGGCUCAGAAGAACUGACAAAGAAAUCAAAAUAAAAAUCCCGAAAAACAGUUGGUACAUAAUCAACCCGAACCAAAAAUUUUAUUACAAAGUGUUCUACGAUAAGAAGCAAAGAUCUCUCAUGUCACAAAACUUGAUGAGCGUGCCUGUUGAAACCACGGCUAACAUUAUUGACGACACUUUUGGGCUGUCAAGGAACGCAUACUACGGAGCCACCGACGCUUACGACAACACUCUUUCAAUAGGAAGUGAUCCAUCUUAUAAUGUCUGGAGUUUGACCUUGAGGCACGUCUAUGACCUUGAACCAUUUUACAGGAAGGAAACUUGGUUUGCCAAGCAUACGACAUAUUUUGCCAAACACGCCGAUGCACUAUUGAAAAGAAUAGGAUAUGAAUUUGCAGUUGGCGAGCCCAUAUCACACACUUAUCUAAGACGAGAUGGCAUAUCGGCAGCAUGUUGGUUCAAGAGCAGUACUUGCCUUCAGUACAUAAGAGCAAAGUAUCAAGAGUACAAGAAGAAUCCUAGUCUCAACUCAGUGAACGCCAACCUCCUGCCGACCACAUUGUGUGACGGUGUGGCCCAAGGAACGACUGCAGAUUGGAACAUGAUGGCCAGCGAAUAUGGAAAGAGGAAAAACUCUCCCAUCAUGGAAGAGAGGCAGAGUCUCUUGUAUGCCCGUACCUGCACUCCCAGAGAAAAUGAAUUGCAACAGAUUUUUAAUGAGCUUCUGAAAAGCAAUGGAACUUUCUUCAACACAGCUGAUCUAGGUUAUGCAUCCAUCUAUCUGGCAGGCACUCCGUACGGAGCCACAAAAUACUGGGAGUACCUGGAUAAAAACUGGAAAACUUUUCCAAAUCAUCUGAACAAAUUAUCGAUUAUGUCCGUCAUUACUGAAUCGUGGUACACCGUACAGCAAGUCAAUCAGCUGGCAGCGUUCAUAGCGAGACAGGAUAUGACGUCCCACGAGCGAUUGAUGAUGAACACAUAUUUGAUGAGGACUGAACAAAAUUACAAUUUCUACAAGAACAACAUUGUCGAGUUAGGUAAUUGGUUCAACAAACAGCCAUUCAGUGACGAAGUAGAUCUCAAAAUGACGUCACUUGAACCAAUUAGAAUGUCCGAUUUUAAAAUGUGGACUACCAUUGGUCAAAGUCGCAUUGGUAAGUUUUUCGAAAGCAAAACGAGACAUAUCGAGACAGAAUCGGUGAUGCCAGAAAGAAUUAUGUUCCGCAAAGAAAACCAAAUUUAAUCAUUCAUUCAAUUUAAUUGACAUUCAUUUAAUAGUCUUAAUUCUAAUAAAUACUGUCAUUCACCUAUGUCUAUUUUAUUAAAACAUAUGAAAUAGUU